AUGCCAGAAAAGGUAAUCGACAUCUCUGCUCUGUAUCCUGAAAAAGUCGAAGUAAAAGAAUGCCAUGGAAGAAAUGAGGAAGUCAAUCGAGACGAUUUGCUAAAUGUAGAUGAUAAGAAUUGGAAUACUAUUGUAUGCAGAAGAUGUGGCUCAGUGAUAUUCCCAGAGGAUCGUGUAAAGUAUGUGGAAGACUACACAACAGAAAUGCCUGAAAUGACCCCUGAUGGCAAGGGAGGGCCAGUAAAGGAAAAAGUCUCUUGGUGGUGGCAUACAAAAAAUGAUAAAGAUUUCGAUACAAUUGGAUUCUUUUUCGAUAUCAUCGAUCAGAAGCAGACCUUGCUCUGCGGUGAUUGCGAAUUCGGGCCAUUAGGAUUGCGAACAAUGGAUGACAAAGAGUUUUGGGUGGCUGUCGAACGAGUUCGCUAUGUAGAUAAGCCAAGGAAAGAUCCAAAAGCAAGACCAAAGAAAGCCAAGAAGCAGAAGACUUGA